AUGGAGGAGGCAAAGGCCUCUCGUGCAAGGCUGAGAGGUAAGGUCACCAAGUUGACAAAUGACCUAAGGGAGUACCGCCUGGGGAGUGACCUCGAUCAAGACGACUUGGCAUAUAAAAUUCAUUUUCUCAGUAACAUUGUUAAAGACCUUCAGUCUGUGCAGGUGUCUUUGGAUAAGGAGGGUGUGCUGGACGAGACCAACCAUGUGGAGCUGGCCUUGGAGGAGGUUUUCAAGAGUGAGCGUGUUCUCGGUCGUCUGGAGUCUAAGCCCCCAGGUCCAAGUCCAGCCGCUGCUGCAAGCCCUGAGGAGUUUGACCUGAAGUCGUCGUUGGUGGUGCGUCUGCCGACCUUUGAGGGUGAUGUGCUACAGUGGCCCGAAUUCUGGGAGCUGUUCAGGGUCGCCAUCCACCUGAACCAAAGGUAUGCAGCAGUACAAAAGUUUGUGCUGCUGAAGUCUCACCUGGGGAGUGUACCCAAACGGGUAAUUGAGGGGAUCCCUCUGUCUGAUGUUGGGUAUCAACUUGCAGUGGAUGCGCUGACCUGUCGCUUCGAUAGAGAGGGUGUGAGGAGGGAGCUACUCAUGAAACAGCUGCUAGACUUGCCGUGCUGUAAGACCGCUGACGUGCCUGCUAUGCACCGCUUCCUCGACCAGCUGACUGCUCGUGUCAGGGGCCUGGAGGCUCUUGGAGUGACUGCCAGCAGCUUCUCCAGUAUCCUGCUGCCGGUUCUUCGAGAGAAGCUGCCGGACUCCUGGCGUCUGGAGUGGGCACGUCACCAGACUGCAGACUUCCGGGAGUUUCUCACCUUUCUCCAGCACGAGAUGAGGGUGCGCGAGCAGGCUGCAGCAGCUCCAGUCCAGCCGACGGAACCACCCAGACCACCUGCUGCCUGGCUGCCAACCGACAGCUGGGCUCCGCUCGUCCGCCAGGUCGCUAUGCUCCCCGCUCUGCUGUCUGUGCUCGCGAUGACUGGGUUUCUAACUGCCUCACGUGUGGUGGACCGCACCAUUCGAGCCUCCACAGGACCAGCGCCAACGAUCUGCCGAGACGACCCCCUCAGCCUGGUCGGAACGAGAGCAGAGCACCUCCUGGCUUCUACGGACCACCGCCUGGUCGGAACAGCAGUCAACCGCCACCAGGGUUCCACGGACCACCUCAGCUGCCACCUGCAGAACAUCACAACCACUUCAACCAGCCGGUCUACUCAGCACCACUGCCUCCUGCUGCCGCCGGUCAGCAUUCGCAGUCUCAAGGUCGGUAUGCUCCUGUGUAUCGCCAGGACAGCGCUGGUGGAGGCGGCCGGGCCGCAGGGGACCUGCAGACUGCGCAUCCUGCUCGACGGCGGCUCCGACUCCUCGUACAUCCGGACGUCGGCGGCAGAUGCACUCGGCCUGGCCUUGGUGGGGAGCGGAGUAUUCGCCUGCAUGGGCUUUCAAGAGCGCGGUGAGGAGCCCAGGACGUAUGAAAAGGUGAGACUGGCCCUGAGGAGCCGGCACGGUGGGGAGGACCAUGUGUUCGAGUUGUGGAAGACUGACAGGCUCUGUUCGCAACCCACGCCUGCCCGACCGCCUACCGUAGUGUUUGAGCCCCACGUUCUGCUUGCUGAUGACUUCCAGGGCGGGCCAGUGGAUGUCUUGAUUGGGGUAGACCAGAUCUACAAGAUUGUGUUGCAUGACCAAAUCUGUCUGUCUGACCGUCUGCGAGCUGUGGAUACCGUGUUCGGUUACGUGAUCCACGGCAGGGAGGAGCUCCCUGUCACGUCUACCUCGGUGAGGUAUGCGCUACGCUGCAGCCGCCGCCUGCCAGAGGAGGAAGCAGAGCAGCUCUGGCGUCUGGAGGCGAUCGGCAUCUCCGAAGAUGAGGCGGGACCACACUCACAGGCCUACCCGACCUGGAGCCUCGAGGAUCAGAGGUACGAGAUGAGACUGCUGUGGACCUCCGGUGAACGCCCCGUCACUAACCUGUAUUCAGCAGCGGCGCGGACCAAGCGGAUGGAGGCGCGGCUGACCUGCCCAGAGCGGAAAGAGUACGCCCGCCACCUGGCGGAACUGCAGAGAAACUGUGUCAUCGAGGAGUCUCCGGCAGGCGACAUAGACGGCUUCUACCUGCCGCACCGGGGCAUCUGGCGGAAUGGAAAACUGCGAGUAGUUUUUGACGGCUCAGCGAGAGACCCAACCGGCCGCAGUCUCAACGACCUCCUGGAGACUGGCGGAAACCUGCUGCGCCGAGUUCCUGCGGUACUGCUCAACUUUCGACGGGGCGCAGUGGCAGCUCAGACGGACAUCAGGUCGGCCUUCCACAUGGUGUCCAUCUCCGAACGGGACAGGAGGUACCUCCAAUUCCUGUGGGCUGACCAACGUCUGAGGUUCAGACGUGUCCCCUUCGGCCUCAGCUGCUCCCCGUACCUUCUGCUGCAGACCCUGUCCAGUCAUAUCUGUCGGUAUCGUUCGACUGACCCGUCCCUCUGCAAGAUGCUGGAGGAGGGACUGUACAUGGAUGAUAUAUGCCUAUCAUUCCCCAACAGGACUGAAGCGGAGAGAGGCAUGGAGAGGACGGUGCAGAUCUUCGGCGACGCUCGAAUGGAACUGCACAAGCUGCGCAUCACCGGUGACGACGCUGAGGACUCGAGCAUUCUGGGACUGCGCUGGAGCACCAGGACGGACCGUCUGGCGGUGUGCCUACCCACCCUGUCGGCCAUCAGGACCAAGCGUGAGCUACUGUCCACCCUGGGUAAGCUGUUCGACCCUCUCGGUGUGCUGUCGCCCUGGCUUGUCGUUGGCAGAGCAGUCUUUCAGCGGACCUGGAAGGAGCAGCCGUCCGCGGUAUGGGAUGAUGAUCUGUCCCCUAACACGCUGGAUGAGCUAUCCACCUGGUGCAGAGAUGCGUCUGACCGUGAUGUGUGGUUCCCCCGCACUCUGUUAAUCACCGAUGACGUCACGUAUCACGUGUUCUGUGAUGCUUCGAAGCGUGCUUACUGCUGCGUCAUCUACGCUGUGACCGAUGGAGACUCUCGACUAGUGAUGGCGAAGUCUCGUUUGGCGCCCGUGACUCCUGCCCUCAGUGUGCCGAGACUGGAGCUGAUGGCAGCCCUGAUCGGCUGCCGCCUGAUGGAGUUUGUUCGCAGUUCUCUGAGCCUGGACGCACCGCGAGUGGUCUACUGGACUGAUGCCAAGGAUGUCCUCUACUGGAUCAGCAGCAAGAGGGCGCUCAAGCUGUUCGUCCACAACCGAGUGAAGGCCAUCACCGAGAUGUCGAGCCCCGAGCAGUGGCGUCAUGUCCGUGGGGAGGACAACCCAGCUGACAUCGGAACCAGAGGUAUGUCCCUCGCUGUCUUGGAGAAGUGUGAUGUGUGGUGGAAGGGACCCGCGUUUCUGAGGGACUCUUCAAGCCCUGAGCUGCCGCUGUCGGCCGCGCCUGGUGAGCGGCAGCUAUCACCAGAGGCCGCUGUGGAAAGCAAGAAGGAGAGACCUGUAGUCAGAGAGAGUCUGGUGACCCAGAGGAGUGAGCCGAUGCCGUUCGACCUCACAGAGUGUUCCAGUCUCGCACAAGCGGUGAACCGACUGACCUGGAUACGUCGUUUUGUGUCCAACAGCCGCGCGCUGAAGGAGGACAGAGUGACCGGGCCGCUGAAUCCAGAGGAGAGGCGGAGUAGCCUUCUCUUUCUGAUCAGAGUGUCCCAGAUAUGUGUCUACCCCGAUGAACUGAAGGCAGUACGUUCGGGUGAGCUGCUGCCUAGCGGGUCACCACUGACUAAACUCCGCCCGCAGCUCAGUGAGGAGGGAAUCUUGCUGGCGACGCUGCGGACCGGCGAACGACCAGUCCCGAUCCUACCAGAAGAGGCGCGCAUCACGACGCUGAUCGUAGAAGAGGCUCACCGCCGGUGCUUCCACCAGGGGACUCGCGUGACACUGGCCCUGCUCACCGCAGAGUCGCCAGAGGGGGUGCUGCCGAGUUUUCGCGUGCAGCCGUCCCGACCGUUCGCCAAGGUGGGCGUCGACUAUUUCGGGCCACUGUACGUAGACGGCAGCGCUAAAAAGGGUGAUGGGGAGGAUCUGCUCACGCCAGCUCACCUGCUGUUCGGUGUGACCACAAUCGAUGGUGUUGUGUGCCCGACUCUGACGGAGUCCCCACUCAACAGAGCCUGGAGGCACCGCCGGAGGGUGUCUGACCAGCUGACUCGGCGGUGGAACAGCGAGUAUCAGCGCGCGCUCCGCUGCUGGCACCGGUCGCCGCGGGGGCAGCCGAACCGGACACCGGAGGUGGGAGACGUCGUGCUCGUCCACAACGAGGGGCCGCGCGGACGGUGGCCUCUCGCACGCGUGACCGAGCUCCUGGUCGGACCGGACGGCCAGACCCGCGCCGCGAUCAUUCAACUGCGCGGUCGCCGUACGCGCCGACCUCUCAGCCGGCUAUUUCGGCUGGAAGCGGCCCGUGAGGCGCCGUGA